GUGUUAUAAAAAAAAAGGGGAAAAAAAUUGGAGAAGAACGAGGAUGACGAAAAGAUCGGCGUGAGAGAAUUGUUUCGGCUGCCGAUAAAUCUGAGGCCCGUUGCUCGAUAAUUCUUCGUCCCGAAGCCCGACGAACGAACCCUGUUAUUCUCUCAAUUCACUGACGAUUGAUUUUCCAGUUCGUUCUGUUUUUUUGUUGAGACUUAGAGGAGGAGGGGCGGAGUAAAGAAGCGGUGAGUAUGGUGGAAAUGUUGCGUAGAAUGGCCUUGAUGUCGAAGAAGAAGAAGAGUGGAACGGUGCCGGUUUAUUUGAAUGUUUAUGAUCUAACGCCGAUCAAUGGCUACGCGUAUUGGUUCGGUCUAGGGGUUUACCAUUCCGGUGUUCAAGUUCAUGGAGUUGAAUAUGCAUUUGGAGCUCAUGACCAUGCAACUUCAGGGAUAUUUGAGGUAGAACCAAGGCAAUGUCCUGGUUUUACAUUUAGGAAAUCGAUUUGCAUCGGAAGAACGAAUCUUGGUCCGAAAGAUGUCCGCUCAUUCAUGGAGAAACUAGCUGAAGAGUACUCUGGGAACACUUAUCAUCUCAUAACAAAAAAUUGCAACCACUUCUGCAACGACGCAUGUGUGAAGUUGGUCGGAAAACCAAUCCCUAGCUGGGUCAACCGACUUGCUCGACUCGGUCUUUUCUGCAACUGUGUUCUUCCAGCGAGUUUGAACGAAUCAAAAGUUCGGCAAGUAAGAUCGGGAGAGAAGUUCAACGAAGGUAUAAAGAAGAAACUGAAAAUCCAGUCAAAUGGGUGUAAUAAUGCUUCAUCUUCUACUAACCCUUCGAAACCUUCAACUACAACCGUCAAAGUAAAUAGACAGAAACGAUGCCUCCCAGCAUCGUCGACGGUGAUAAAUUCUUCGACAUCGGCACCUCUGACUCUGAAGCUGUAACAGUAAGUGUUUCUUAUAGGGCAUUUUAAGAGUAUAAUCAACAACAGAAGACAGGCAAAAUAGCAUGAUUUUCAUCAUUUUGCCUCUCUGUUGGUCUUCUGCUCCUACUAAUCUAAAACAAACAAACAAAGAAAGGAAAAGAAAUUUGUGUUCAUAAUGGCAUUGUGUGUGUUGUGAUUUUAUUGUGUGAUAAUAUAUUGUUGAAUUACAAAA